CCGGAAUCGGCGCAAAUUGAGCCGUAUAAGCCGCUAUCUGUGCUCGCGUGCUCGGAUAUAUUCUAUUUUUAAUCGCUUUACCUCGUGCUGGUGUCAGUUUGCGCUCACGCGCCGUCGCCGCGCUACAACACAAUAGCCACAGCACUGUGUUCGUUUGUGCCACGCCGUCGUCGCGCAUUUCCAAUAACUACAAGCACUGGCUUGAGCAGUGCCGCGCGCGUACGCAGUGCUGCACAGACAGGAUGAUGCUCCGCAUCGCAGCACUCCUCGCGACCGCCGCCGCGGUCUCGCAGCAAAAGGACUGGCUCGUGCACAGACAGGACUCGAAAACGCGACUGCUCAAAACUGCGAGCGGUCUCAGGCUCACGAACGGGCUGAUCGAGCGCGCCUUCGCGGCGCAGCCGGGAGGCUACUUCUGCACGACCGACCUGAGACGGGGCGACCGGUCCUUCUUCCGGGCGCUGUCACCGGAAGCGAAUCUUACGAUAAACGGCCAGCGGUUUAAUAUCGGUGGCUGCCUCGGCCAGCCGGAGAACCACUACGAGUUCUGGUACGCCGAGCGCUGGCCGCUCGCGAAGGACCCGGAUGCGUUCGCCUACCGCAACUACACGCUCUCGAAACCGUCCAAAGGUUUUGAAUGGCGCGCGCGGUCCGGCGCGCCAUCGAUACCGUGGCCGCCGAAAGGACUCCGCUUAACCGUCGAGUUCGCGCACGCUUCUUUACAGAAUGUGCGCGUCUUCGUCCACUACGAGAUGUACGACGGCGUGCCAGCGUAUCGGAAGCUAGUCUCGAUUCGAAACGACGGCUCUGAUACAAUAACUGUCGAUUCGCUCGUCGUGGAGUUGUUCAGAGCGCAAAACUUCUCACCCCAAAGAAUCACGGCGCUGGCCGAGCACUGGAACAACGCACCAGUGCCAAAUGACCAGCAGGUGCCCGCCGUGCCGAAGUCGCUCCUCCAGGAGUCGCCGCGGUACUGGUACGCCGACCCCCACUACGACCAGUGCUGCGACGAUACACAAUUACAUGUGCCCCACACGGCUUAUACAUACCUUGUGGCCGGGUACACGCGGGACGUGCGCUUCGGGGGGGGCACAGGCCCGGGCUGGGUCCUCGCGCCCGGGUCGUCGAGGAGCUCGUCGUCGCUGCGGGUCGUGCUCCACGAUUCGGACGAGAGUGAACGCCAGGGCCUCGGCGUGCGCGAGACCCUCAAGGCGAGCGCCGGCGCCCCACGCCAUCGACGCGACCUCCUCACGGGUUCGUUUCCCCGCAGGCGCUCGCGCCGCAGCUCGCCGAGGCCCCCGUGAAUUUUAUGUUGUCCGACCUCUCAGCUUUGCGACGCAUCGUGGAUCAAGCCGCAAAGACGGGCCACGAGCUCGGCAUCAUUGGUUUUGGUGCCGAGGGUUGGUGUGCUUUUUGCUCGGCACAAACGGAGGACGCGAAUUUCACGGCGUGGCUCGCGAAUGAAGUGCGCUACGCUCGCUCCAAAAACAUAGAGUUGUCCGCCUAUACCUUGAUGCAGGGCAACGGCUGGGGCAUGGACCCCAUUCCGGAAGAUGCCAAAAUUCUGAACCGGGACGGCUCGCGCGGCCCGACGGCCUGCUUCGCGACGGACUGGCACGCGUCGUAUCGCCAGCGCGUUUUGGCGUUUGCGGCGAAGGUGGGCUUCUACGGCGUCGAGACGGACGGCCAGUUCGAAGGGGCGAGUUGUAGUGAUCCAACGCAUUCCCACCACGGCGUCGCGAACAGCUUCGACGCGCAGCUCAAGGCGACGCAGCGUUUUAACAAUCAACUGAAGGCGCGCGGGCUCUACCAGACGGGCGCGGACGCCUACGUCUUUUCCGGGGCCAACCGCUGGAACGCGGCCGACACGGACGAGGCCAUUUUCCACAUAGACAACGUCGUCGAGUGGUCGACGCUGGGACGCAUGUACGCCUACGACUCGACGUUCGACCGCGUGCCGACUUCUGGGCAAUAUACGGUGGAUGAUUUGGUGGGAAGAUGCACGGACGACCCGCUGCAGGCGGAUCUCGUGAGAUGCGUGGAUUUCGUGCUGGGCGGGUUCUACCUCUUCGGGACGCAGCCGUUCUUCCACGCCGUCCAGCUGUGGGAUCCCCUCCAUAAAGACGCGGCGGCGCUCGAGGCCUCGGUGACGCGCUGGACGGGCUUCUUCCGAGCGCAUCGGACGCGGCUGCUCGGCAUGGGUAGAAUGCUCCACCUGCGGCGGCCGACCGCGCGAUUCUUGGAGGCCGUGGCACACGUGACUGCGGACCCGUCGGAGCCGCUGCGAGCGAUUGUUGGGCUCGUGAAUCCGACGUCGCGAGGGAUCGCGGACAAUAUCACCGUUUCGCUGUACUACGCGGGCCUCGCGCCGGGCGCCACCGUCGUGGCGUCCGUGCUCAACGCCGACGCCGCCGCCGCGACGUCGAGGCCGCUCCCGGCAUCAAUGGCGCGCUUCGUUGUCGGCCCGGAUCCCGCGGCGUCGCUUUUUGAGAUUGUACUACCCGUCAAGGUGGACGCGUUCUCGUAUGCUUCGAUCGGGCUUUCGCUUGUGACGUCUCCCAUGGCAACGACGCGGUGGGCGGCUGCGUACUAGUAGUGGUGUAAGUGUUGUUCGUUAUGAAAA